AUGUCCGGCGACGACGCGAAGCGCGCGAGCGACGCGGCGAGCGCGCGCGAUAAGUUGCUGUGGAUCAUCAUCUACUCCCUGUGCUCGUCGACGAUGCUGGUGAUCAAUAAGCUCGCGGUGGGCGCGAACGGGCUGCCGACGGUGGUGGCGGGCGCGCAGCUCGCGGUGUCGGCGGCGGUGGUCGUCGUGAUGGAAUUCGCGGGCGCGGGAGUGUUGGGACCGUUUGAGAAGAAGCGGAUCGUGCCGUUCGUGCUGUACACGACGAUGUUCGCCAUGGGGUUGUUUUCGAACAUGAAGGCGCUGAUGCUGACAAACGUCGGGGCGGUGAUUUCGGCGAGGUGCUGCCUGCCGCUCAUCGUGUGCUCGAUCGAGUGGUUUUUCAUGAAUCGAGCGUUCCCGAACGCUCGAAGCGUGAUGUCGCUCAUGGGAGUCGUGGUUUCGGCCGGGAUUUACAUCGCGAACGAUACCGGGGUGGACAUUCAAGGCGGGGCGGGGAUGUUUUGGUUGCUCGUGUGGUGGCUGUUGCUCGCGGUGCAGAUGACGUACGGAAAACACCUGACGGAGAACAUCGCGAUGACGCAGUGGGAGCGAGUGUUUUACACGAACGCCAUGGCUAUCCCGCCGACUAUAGUUCUUUAUUACGCCACCGGGGAAAACGAGCUCGAGAUGGAGGAUGGCGAAGGGGCGAUGUUUUAUUUGAUUUUGAGUUGCGUCGUCGGCGUGGCGAUUUCGUACAGCGGGUGGAAGUGCAGAAGCGUCAUCACGGCGACGACCUUCACGCUCGUGGGGGUGCUGAAUAAGAUGGCCACGAUCACAUUCACCAUCAUCGUCUGGCCUAAAGAUUUCUCGGUGGUUAAAACGCUCGCUUUAAUCGCGAGCGUGGGGUUCGGUUUGCUCUACACGGAGGCGCCGCUGCGCAAGCCCAAGGUCGCGGGCGCAGGAACUUCGCCGCUUGGGAUUAAGCACUAG